UCAGCUGGUGAGCUGCAGGGCGAGUUGAGGAUCAGGCUGAGCUGCAGGCUAUCUGUGCUUCCCGCUCCUGAAGGGGUCUUGGUUGGUAAACAUGGCUGCAGUUGUCGCCAGACAUAAGCAUUUUACUGAGGACUAUCGUAGCAAAGAAUCCAAAUACGUAGUCCGGGAUUACUCCAGCUCCGAAGUCCAAGACGUGAGAUAUGAAUACCGAACAGAGAAAAAUAUCCAGAAAGUGGUGCAAAAGAAGAUCCCGGAAAAGUACAUCCGGGAGUCAUCCAUGAUCAGGGGCCCCAAGUUCUUGGUCAGGUUGAAGUCGCACACCGUGUUCGAGAAUACUCCCAUAAAGCUGUUCUGCACUGUUGAGGGUUAUCCCACUCCACACGUCAAGUGGUUCAAGGAUGACUUGCUUCUGGAUCUUUCUUCUGGAAAGUACUUUGUGGAAAGCAGCGUUGGAAUCCACAGCCUCACCAUCAUGAAGUGUGGUAUAGAUGAUACUGCCAUGUACACGGCUGUAGCCUCCAACUCCCAUGGCCAGGCCUCCUCCCAGGCCUCUAUAAUUGUCAAGAGGCUCAAAGAGGAAGAUAAGUCUUCUCCUUAUUCCUGGACAUCUUACCAAUAUGCAAUUUUACCUGAGAUUAAAUACACCAAGAUCAACAUCACCUUUCUGGAGACUUUCAACGUGACAUUCGGGAAAGAGGAAGAUUGCGUCACUCUGGCCUGUAAGAUGACCAUAAGCCCCAACCUGGCCAAUCUGCAGCCGGAUGCACUGUGGUACAGAGAUGAGCACCUUUUGAAAGAAUCGAAGUGGGCGAAAAUGGAGUCUGGCGGAGGUGUUGCUAAGCUCACACUGACUCAUCUCGCUAAAGAUGAUGAGGGUCUUUAUACCCUCCGCAUGGUGACCAAGGGAGGCGACGCAGUCCACAGUGCUUACGUCUUUGUGGAAGAUGGUCCUCCACCAGUUCCUUUGGCCCCUGGAGCCCCCAUGGACAUUAAGAUCCAUGAUGCUAAUAGAGAUUACGUUAUCGUAUCCUGGAAGCCCCCCAACACCACCACUGAGGGUCCCAUCAUCGGAUACUUUGUUGAUCGGUGCGAGGUUGGAACUGAGAACUGGACACAGUGUAAUGAUUCUCCCAUCAAAAUCUGUAAGUACCCCGUGCCUGGACUGUUUGAGGGACACUCCUAUUACUUCCGCGUGAGAGCUGUCAACUCACAUGGCAUCAGCAGGCCCUCCAGAGUCUCUGAGCCCAUCGCCGCACUGGACCCCACCGAGUUCGAGCGACUUCAUGCAAUGAGGCUUGGUGGAAAACUUGAUGUUGUGACCUACCAUGAUGACCUUGAAGCUGAGGGAAAAGCUCCGGAAGCUCCCUCCAAUGUCUACGCCUCAGAGACCGACCGAACAUAUGUUGUGCUCAGUUGGAGCGCCCCAGCCUACCAUGGCAAAGCCCCCAUGUGGUAUUACAUUGAAAAGUGUCAGGUUGGCAGUGGAUCCUGGCAGAGAGUGAACACCAAAGUGCCGGUCCGUUCUCCGCGCUACGGCGUCUUCGACCUGAACGAGGGGAAGGAGUACCUGUUCCGCGUUCUCUCAGCCAACAUGUACGGCACCAGCGAGCCCUCAGAGCCCACCAAACCCAUCAAAACCCAGGAGCUGCGAGGCGUGCCCUCGGCUCCCGGGCAGGUGGUGGCCACCAGAGAAACAGACACCUCUGUUCUGAUCCAGUGGGCUCCUCCAAAAGAACCCAACAACCUCAUUGGAUAUUAUAUCGACUCAUGUGUUAAAGGAUCAAAGGACUGGGACUCUGCUAAUCACAAGCCCAACAAGAAGACAAAGUUUGUUGUCCACGGCCUGAAGACCGGUGAGACGUAUGUGUUCCGCGUGCAGGCCAUCAAUGAGCUGGGCCUCAGUGAGGAGUCGCAGGAGUCCGCACCACUUUCUGUCAGAGCUGCUCUCAAGCUCCCCUCCGCUCCCUAUGACAUCGCUCUUCUCUACUGCGAUGGGGAAUCCAUGGUGCUCAACUGGAAGCGUCCCGCCCAUUCCGGAGGCGCAGAGGUCACCGACUAUUACAUUGACAGGUGCAACGUGGCCAAGAAAGCAUGGAAGGAGGUCAAUGUGCCACCCAUUAAGGAGAGGCUGUACAAGGUUCCAAAUCUGACUCCUGGUUCAGUGUAUCAGUUCAGGGUUUAUGGUGCCAACGUGGUGGGGCUGGGUAAUGCCUCCACCAGUAGUCCACCAUUCAAAUGUGAGGCCUGGACCAUGCCUGAGCCUGGUCCCCCAUACGACCUGAGCUUCAUUGAGAUCAGAGACGACUCUCUGGUGGUGGAGUGGAAGCCUCCUGUCUACACAGGUGCCAGCGCUGUCACAGGUUACUACGUGGACAUGUGCAAGAAGGGCACAGAAACGUGGACGACUGCCAACGCGGCUGCUGUCGACCACUGUUACCUCAAGGUGAAGGGCUUGCAGACAGGCUCUUUCUAUGUGUUCCGCGUCCGUGCAGAGAAUGCCCAGGGCACUGGCAAGCCUUCUGUUCCUUCUGACCGAGUCUGUGCUAAGACUCUACCAGGCAGCCAGGAAAUCAAAUGCGGGGUGGAUGAGCAGACCGGCGACAUUUAUCUUUCUUUCGAGAGCUGCCAGAUGGCUGAGAUCUCCAAGUUUGUGUGGAAGAAGUCCUACCAGGAGAUCACCGACUUCUCCAAAGGACUCGCCAUUAAAACAUCAGGCAGCAACUCCACUCUGUUGUUCAAGAACCCUGAUAAAGAAGAUGUAGGCACGUUCUCCGUCGCCGUCACACACACUGAUGGAGUUUCAGCCAGUUACAAGAUCACAGCAGAAGAGCUUGCGAAGAUGCUGACACUUAGCUACGACAUCCGCAACCCGAUUAUCCCUCUGAAGACCGAGCUGGCGUACAAGAUUCUGGAGAGAGGUCGCGUUCGCUUCUGGCUGCAAGCUGAAGCCAUCUCCUCCGCCGUGACCUACAAAUUCUUCGCCAAUAACAAGGAACUUGUCAACUGUGAGCAAACGAAGAUGAGUCAUGAUGUAGCCACAGGCACUAUCGAGAUGGUGCUGGAUCACUUCACAGAGGACAGCGAGGGGACGUAUGCCGUUCAGAUUCAGGACGGCAGAGGGAAGGCCCAGUCCUCGCUGGUUCUGAUUGGAGAUGCGUUCAAGGCAGCCCUGGCCGAGGCGGAGUAUCAGAGGAGGGAGUACAUCCGUGUAAAAGAAGGACCUCAUUUCAGCCAGUUCCUGUCGGUCCAUGUCGGGGACGAUGCCAGUGUCAGCAUCAUCUGCAAGGUGGCUAAUUUGAAGAAGGAGUCGGCGUUCCACUGGUUUAAGAACGAUGUGGAAGUGAUUCCCGAGGUGCCCGCCGACCUCGGCUCCGGAGUCUGCAAACUCCUGCUGUCUCAGUUCUCCAAGAAGGAUGUGGGCGUGUACAAAGCAACUAUCAGUGAUGAUAGAGGACAAGAUGUGUCUCAGGUUGAUAUUUCUGGGAAAGUGUUCGACAACAUCAUUAACGACCUCACGCGCGUCGCCGGGGCAAGCGCUGCUGAUUUGGUGAUCCACUGCACCUCUGAGGGUAUCAUGCUUCAGUGCUAUAUGAAAUACUAUACGGAGGAGAUGAAGAUCACCUGGGCGCACAAGGACAGUAAAAUCACAGCUUCUGAGAGAAUGCGGGUGAGUGGAACUCCAGCCAUGGCCACUCUGGAGAUAGUGGAGCCCACUGAAAAGGAUAAGGGCGUGUACACCUUUGAAAUCAAGGACAGCGAAAAGACAAACACUCGCCACCUUGAACUCUCUGGACAAGUCUACGAUAACGCCUAUGCAGAGUUCCAGAGACUCAAAGCGGAAGCAUAUGCUGAAAAGAAUCGUGGCAAAGUGGUCGGUGGCCUGCCGGAUGUUGUGACCAUCAUGGAAAAGAAGACCCUGAGCCUGACCUGCACGGUGUGCGGCGACCCCAAGCCACAGGUGACCUGGUCCAAGAACGACCAGGAGGUGGAGCCCGGUGACCAGUACGUGAUCUCGCUGGACUCGGGCAAGUUCGCCAGCCUCACCAUCAAGGGCGUGACCCUGGAGGACUCGGGCAAGUUCACCAUGGCCGUGCUGAACAAGUACGGCGGGGAGUCGGUGGACAUCGUGGUCAGCGUCUACAAGCACGGAGACAGGAUCCCAGAGAUCAAACCCUCCCCCACCCCCAAGAGAAUCAUGCCUCCAACCAUGCCCAUCGUGAUCCCCACCGCCGCCAAACCUGCCUCUGCCCCGGCGGCUGCCCCCGCCAAGUCCCCGGCCCCGGCCCAGGCCCCCAAAUCCCCCGCCCCGUCCCGAAGCGUGAGGUCCCCAACCCCGUCCCGGAGGAAGUAAACGCUGAGCCUUCUCUCUGAGUCGUCUCGUUCCAGACCUCCUAGAAAAAUAGAUUUAUCCCUUAAACCUGAAGCCUGAUAUUAACAUAUUAACAUAUUCAUCCACAUAUUUACAUACAUAAUAACCUUAAAGUGCCUGUAUCACUGAAUUUAUUGCUGAAUUUAUUUAUUCUUUAAACUCAAAUUUCUCUAGAUCAUGUUUGUUUGUUUGUACUUGAAAAAAAAAAACAAUUUGACUAUUUUUACACUUUCAAUUUCCCUUGUAAAGUGAAUUUAUUUAAAGUUAAAUUAUUUAAAAGUAUACUUAUAUUGCGUAUAACUUUUACAAACUUAAGUCGAUUAAAGUGUGUUUUUUAAUACACUUUAAGUAUAUUGUACAUGUAAAAAAAUACAUUGCAAAUAAGUUGCACUUACUUAAGCAGUAUUUAAUGCCAAAACAUAUAUUUUCUAUCACCACAACAUAUAAUUUAAAGUAUUUUGCUUAAACCUGCAUUUUAUCAAAAUACAGAGAAAGUAUAUUUAAAAAGUGUUUAUUUAUAAAGUAUAUUAAAUUGAAAUCAUACUUUUAGCAUUCUUUAUCUAAUUUAAAAUUACUUUUAAGGCUCUAAAGCAUACUUCCUUUUCACAAGUGUAGCCAGGCUGUUUAUGUUACUGAACCUGUGAGACCAUAUUAAUAUGUAAAUCCCUGUAUUUUGAUUGAAUACUGUCAGAACCAACCAAUGCAGUUUGUGUGCAAUUGCAAGGCAGGUUUACUAGUCUAAAAAACCAAAGACAAACAGAAAAACAGAAAUAACAAACACAGUAAGAAAUGCUCGGUAAGACACAGGCGUGGCAAUAUCUCAAAACUUCACUAUGCAAGAGUCCCAGUAUAAAUAGUUAAUGUUAAUGAGGUGAUGUCCAACAGGUGUGCGGGAGGGGCGGAGUCAGCCUCUUAUACUUAUACUGUGGAGAGUAUUAAUGUUAAAGGUGCAGUGUGUGCAGGUGUUAUAGAUACUCUGUUUUUGUUUUUUGGUGUUUUUUUAUGUAUUGUGUCUUGUCAAAAAAAACAACUAAGUCUAAAACUAAAAAUGUCAGCAAUAUUGGUUAGAAAGGCUUCAGUAUACGUCACUAUAUUGAUUGUAUAUUUUGAUUGCAUGGCCUGUGAAGUCUAUUUAUUUAAAGCAAAGGGAAGCAAAAUUCAGCUUAAAAUCAGUGAUAUCGGAACUUUAAGUCUAGAACUACUUAGGCCUGUUCAGCCUCAACAGAACUGAAAUGUAAAGGGCUUGGUUAGAAAUAAAGUUUACGGGAUUAAUCUGUUCAUGGAAUGACGUGGAAUAAAGUUUUAGUUCUGUUUAAACAGGUAGAAGGCCUUGCUUUUAUGAAGGAUAAUAUUCUAAAUGACCCAGGGCCUUAUGAAUGUGUGUAAGAAAAUAAAGAAAGUUGGAGAAAGAGAUGUGCUCAGGAUAUGUUUAGUGCCUGCUCCACUACAUCAUGAAAAAACUGUGAAACAGUUUGUCAUCUGUGGGGUUCCUGAGCAGAGUGGCCUCUAAUGAAUUCGGCUGCCUCUCCGCCGAGCUGCUGUGGUGAAAAAUGGUCCUGCUUUUGAUGUUUAGUUUAUUAAAUCUCUGUUUUUUAAAAGCUGCACUUGCAGUUAGGCAGAGGAACCCUGAGUUGUUUGCUGUAAGCGGGGAUGGAUGGUGCGGAGUGUCCGCGGGAUGGCUGUCGGGUCUUCAUUUUCAGCUGCAGCCGGGCCUCUUCUCCGCCUCCAAAUAAAUCUCCUCACAUCAACCA